UGGCGGGAGUUUGGUGGCGCGGGAUCUGUCUGUCCGUCUGUCUGUCUGUCUGUCCGCGCGCGGGCCGGCGGUCCUGGGCCAUGCUGUGCCGCGCGCUGCUCCGCCGCUCCCGCGCUGCCGAGACCAACGGUCAGUCCUCGCCGCUUCCUCUGGAGCACCUCUUGGAUACCUACCAGUGCAGCAAAGAAGAUGACCACCUGUCCUACGGGGAAAUGGGCAUGCCAGUCCCGCCUUUCGGCUGCAGUUUUUCUUCAGCCCCAAAUUUAGAGCACGUACUGGCAGUUGCAAAUGAAGAAGGAUUUGUUAGACUGUAUGACACUGAAGAUCAAACUACCAGGAAUCUCAUCUUUAAAGAAUGGCAGGCACACUCAAAUGCUGUAUUUGACCUUGCCUGGGUACCAGGGGAACACAGGAUUGUCACUGCUUCAGGAGAUCAGACAGCAAAGGUGUGGGACGUGAGAGCCGGCGAGCUUCUUGGCAUAUGCAAAGGUCACCAGUGUAGCCUCAAGUCAGUUGCUUUUUCUAGAUUUGAGAAAGCUGUCUUCUGUACUGGAGGCAGAGAUGGAAACAUCAUGGUUUGGGAUACCAGAUGCAACAAGAAAGAUGGAUUUUAUAGGCAGGUGAAUCAAAUCAGCGGCGCGCACAAUGUGGUAGACAAGCAGACUCCUUCCAAACCAAAGAAGAGGCAGAACCUAAGAGGACUUGCUCCUUUGGUGGAUUUCCAGCAGAGUGUGACUGUGGUGCUGCUUCAGGAUGAGCACACUCUUAUCUCUGCAGGAGCUGUUGAUGGUGUGAUUAAAGUGUGGGACUUGCGCAAGAACUAUGCCACUUACCGUCAGGAACCUGUGCCUUUCAAGUCUUUUUGCUACCCUGGGACCAGCACUCGCAAACUUGGGUAUUCUAGCCUGGUUUUGGAUUCCACUGGUGCCAAUCUGUUUGCUAACUGCACUGAUGACAGUAUCUACAUGUUCAAUAUGACAAGUUUAAGGACUACUCCAGUGGCAGUUUUCAGUGGGCACCAGAAUUCAACCUUUUACGUCAAAUCCAGCACCAGCCCAGACGACCAGUUUCUGGUCAGUGGCUCAAGUGACAGCAACGCAUACAUCUGGAAGGUUUCUGAGCCCAGCCUUCCUCCUCGGAUGCUCUUCGGUCACUCUCAAGAAGUUACCUCCAUUGCUUGGUGUCCUUCAGACUUCACCAAGAUUGCCACGUGCUCCGAUGACAACACUGUGAGGAUUUGGCGCUUACGACGUUCUCCUGAGAUGGAGAAGUCAGCAUGCAGCAAAAUCAACUUGGUGGGCUGGGUGACUCAGAAGAAACAAGAAGAACAACGUGGAGGAGGACUGCCGGCCAGCCCACAGAAUACUCCUGCCAAGGCGUUCACAGUGGGCAGCGCAUGCAUUUCCUCGCCGCGGCCAGCUGCCUGUGCUCCUGUUUAUUCUGGAGACCUUCCCUUGUCUACAAACACUCCAACGGGCGCUCUCAAAACCCAGACGGCCACAGCCUGCACCCCAGCCAAGCGGACUGGAGCCAGCCCAUGUGCUUCACCCAAACCAAUCUCUUCCUCUAAAAUGUCCAUUAAACAUUGGAUUACAAGGACUCCAUGCUCUUCUCCUCCAGAAGUGGGGAAAAAGGCUCCUUCUCCUAGAAAAGCCCUAGCAGAAGUCACCCAAGGUCUCCUGGAAGCCACUUGCCCUCCUCAAGUCCCACAUUCACAGUUUGAGAAGCGUGCCAAGAGAAGGCUUGAGUGCAGCAAGGAGGAUGACGUGGGGCAGAAGUGUCUGCAGACCUGUAGCUGUGUGACUGAACUGGACCAUGCAGCUAAGAAAUCCAAGCUGAAUUUAUGCCACUUGGCUGCAGAUCAAAAAGCUUAUGAUGAAGGCUCUCCCAGCCUGGCUGACUUGGAUAACGACUGCAAAGGCUCCAGCCCAACAGAGCCUUCCUUUCCUGGAAGCUGUAUUAAUCCACUGGGUAUUCAAACUCCCUCCGAUCUUUUCAGAUCUCCAUGUGGGAAAGAUGCUGAGGUAGUAGAUAAAGAGAAUAGUUCACCUGAAAAGAAAAAUUGGUUGUCUGCUCUGGGAGAGAAGCUCCGGACUGGCAGAACUAGCAGCCAGAGCAUGUCAAAUAGCCCCCUGUCAUCUUCCAGUCCUAGUGCCAAACGACAAGAGGCUGUGGCAGCAGCCACUUCGCCGAAAACUGCUGCAACCACCUCAAUUUCCAUGAGGAAGAUAUGCACGUACUUCCACAGAAAGCCAGAGACUGAAGCGGCAUGCAGCAGUUGCACCUGAUGGAUGUUGACGCUGUGAUAUCAAGACCAGAUUUAGCAAUGCCCACAACCAUGUGCCAGGAUUACAGUUUGUUGUCAGACAUUCAUAAACAUGGGGUUUUUUUUCCUCCUGUUUUUAAAGCUGUUAACACUUGAGGUCAGUUGAAUGUGGAAAAUUUACACAAUUACAGAUGCUCUUGAUCUCUUACUCAGUACAGAUGAUGGAAUUUUUUUUUAAAUAAAGAAAAACAGUAUAUUUUAUGUGGCAGCUGUUACAGGCCAAAGACAGAAACAGCUCUGCUGUGCAUUGUUGACAGGCACAUAUAGCUUUUCAGUGUAUAUUACUAACCUGCCAUUGAAACUUUCUCUACUUAAGAAAAAUGUGUAAAUCAUUACACUCUCCCAAAAAGCAAGUGUUGGAAUGUGCUUAAACUUCUUGGAGGUAGAUCUGAGCUCCUUUGUGCUGAAUGGCAAUUCUACCAUUAUUCUUCUAGCAUCACAAUGACUACUCUCUUCCAGCAGGGAAGUUGUGAAUGUGUUAAAUAAGUACAAAAGACUUUUAAACACCCUUGCCCAUCCAAUGGUGGUUAUAGCCUAAGAGGAGACAAACUAUAAUCACGUACAUAAUGCCUGUGCUCCUCUUGCCGCCCCCUUGCUUCUCUCACUUUGAGAUCUUCCAUAUUUACUGACUUAGCCAGCUCUUGAACUAUCAGCACUACAUCUGUUGAAGCCAACAGCUUGUCACUUCUUUGAGAUAAAAUACUGUCAAGGUGUAUUAGAUAAAUUAGUUUGACCUGUCCCAGAUAGACAUCCCAUAACAGCCUGUUGCUCGGUCACCUCUGAUAGAUUAAGCCGGUAGCAAAGGCAUUAAUAACUGCUUAUAACAUAACUUCAUAACACUUUUAUAAUACCAUAUCUAUAAAAGAAUAGAUUUUAAAGUGGGGAAGAGGCACUUAACAUUUUAGAGAGCACUUGACAGAGUUUACACGUUAAUAUUAAUUGCUUUGCCUUUUAAGUCGUCAGUGAUGCUGAAAGAACAAGGUCACUGAAAUGAGAUCACUGUCCUGCUGGCUAACAAUACAAACUCCUCAUCCAUGUUUUCCCCAGGAGGAGGGAACUACUGCAAAAGAAUUGAGGGGACGUGAUCCAACUAUCGUUUUCCAUCUGAAAUUUUCACACCUAUUUUAGGAUAGCAUUGUAUAGUAUGGUAGAGGAAAGGGAUUAGAGGAAAACAUACUGGUUUGUAUUUUAUGUUGUAGAU